UCAAGUUUCGAACGGUGAGCUGGGGUGCUUCCGAGUUGACGCUGCCCCCAUUUCCCCUGCUCUGCUACUCCAGAGGCUGUGCCUGCUCGUGCUCGCGUUCGCCUCGUGUCGUGUCCGCGUCUGACGAGCCCAGGAGUGCCUCGGACACAUGUGCUGAUCCGUUCUUAGCACUCAGUACCCACCGCCCGUCCUUGACGUGCCCUCACAGCAGGUUUCAUAAACGUGCCCCCUCGUCUCUCUUCACCCGCCUCUACACACUCCGGGAUUGAACACACUCUGUACUAAUCUACUGCCUGCAUGAUCUCUGCGCUACCUCUUACUCUCAUCUUUCUCGUCUUCGCGGCCACAGCUCCUCGGUCAAGAGAAGGAGCGGCCUGCUCAGCGCUCGCAUCUUCGGGUUCGCGAGUCAGUCUGGUAUGGCUCCUGCUGUUGUCCAACACAGCGCUCGCCGCGCGUGUCGAACGCGUCGAGAAACGGAGCAUACCCACCCAGACGUUCCCGAACGGCACCAACUACGUCUGGGCAGUCGAUGACACCUACGAGGGUUCGUCCUUCUUCGACACGUUUGAAUUUUACACCGGCGACGACCCGACGCAUGGUUCGGUCAACUAUACGGAUCGGAACACUGCGUUUGCGGAUGGAUUGGCUUAUGUCGAGUCGGACGGUAUUGUCGUCAUGAAGGGCGACAACACGACAUCCUUGUCGGAAGGGCAGAACAGGAAUAGUGUCCGCAUCUCGAGUCAGAAGCAAUACAACACCGGUCUAUUCAUCCUCGACCUUGACAUGGCGCCAUGGGGCUGCGGCGUCUGGCCUGCGUGGUGGACGGUGGGAGGCGGCACCUGGCCCUGGACUGGGGAAAUCGACAUCAUCGAGGGCGUACAUGAUAAUGAACACAACCAGGUUACGUGGCACACGGGGCCCAACUGUAACUUCACGGAAAAUGCGAACUACACGGGCACACUCGUCACGACGAACAACGAGCCGAAUCUGAUCUGCAACUGCGUCAACGACUACAACAGCAACGCCGGGUGCGGGGUGACCGAGUGGAGCCGCGCGUCGUACGGGCCGAUCUUUGACGAGCAGGGCGGCGGCGUGUUCGCGAUGAAGUGGGACGUCUCCGGGAUCGGCGUCUGGUCGUUCUACCGCGCGGCGGUACCGCAGGACGUGACGAAUGGCCAGCCGACGCCGUCGACUUGGGGCGAGCCCGUCGCGUUCUUGGAGGCUAGUGGGUGUGACCCGAUUACGAACUUUGUCAACCACUCGAUCAUCUUUGAUAUCACGUUCUGCGGCGACUGGGCGGGCAACGAUUACGGCACGUCGGGUUGUCCGGGGACGUGUGCGCAACGACUCAUGGACCCCAGCAACUUUAACAACGCGUCUUGGAGGAUCAGAAGCCUCACGGUGUACAGGCAGCAGAUCAUCCAUGGACAAGUCACUUCAGACGCUACUCACCCAAUACUCCCCGUGGUGUCACUACUCGGUGUGCUGGGCAUUCUGUUCGGAGUCUUGAUGUAGAUUGGUGCCGGACACCUCUGGCAUAGGUGCCAGCACUCAUGACGAUGCAUGAUGAUAUCCGCACGAACGCUGCGAAAGGCGUAAAUGACUCACGAACUGUACUUACUGUACUUACGUAUUUAUGACGAACGGUGUAGACUGCUACGACG